UUUAGUUUGUGUGGAGCAAUUAUCAAAACGGCACUCUGUAAUGGGAAGCCUACUGAAUGUGGAUUAUGCCAUGGUGGAUGGACUUUGUUUAGAAUUUUGUUUGGAAAUAGUGCAAUACUAUAUUGAGUGCUUGAUGUUCGCUUAUCUGCAACAUGGGACGUUCAAUUGAGAAGUGUCAUUUAUUUAUAGGGAAAAGUACUACAGCGAGUAUGCUUGCUUAUAUCUUAAAGGGGAUGGGAGAUAAUCUUACUGCUGUAAUUGGCGCACAAGUGCCACAGUUUGGUGGAGGUAAUGUCAUCCAUGGGAACAGUCACAAUUUUGUACUGGAGGCCGAUGAAUACGAUUCUUGCUUCCUUGAAUUAUCACCUCAUGUGGCAGUUGUAACAAAUGUCGAUUGGGAGCAUGUCGAUAUAUUUCAAGAUGAGCAGGCUGUUGAAACAGUUUUAAGGAAGUUCCUUGGGAAAAUAAGAAAUGGUGGACAUCUUGUGUUUUGCGGGGAUAGGAAUGACCAAAAUCGUGGUGCAUAUACUUUGCUAUGUGACCCAAAACAAGUAUUAAGCAUUUCAGAUCAUAUGGAGCUCUGUGAUGCACAUCUGCUCAACAACAAUUAUAGAUUUACAACUUAUGGGAUGUUAAAUUAUAAUGAAUGGCAUGCAUCAUCAGUUUGUUUUAACCCACAUGGUGGUUAGUGAUUAUAAACUGUAUCGCAAGGGGCAUUAUGUUGCAGAUAUCAGCUUACGAGUACCUGGAGUUCACAAUGUUCUUAAUUCAUUAGCUGUAAGUGGGAACCCUGGAAAUUUCUGAACCCGUUGUUGAUAUUCAUUAAACUCAACUGCGGAGCUAUGUUUUUAGUUUCUACAACCUUUUGCAUUAGCUGAAUUGUACCUAGUGGUAUUAGAGCUUUAGGGGCUUUG